AAAAAUUAUACAAGUGUGGUAUCGUUGGAACCGUACUGACCUGGAGAAUAUGAAGUUUGAAGCUAUGGAGGACCAUGAAGUCACCCAGACAGAUAACCUUACUACCAUUGAAGCACAUACAGUUGCUCACACUGUUGCCCAUUCUGUGGGUCAGCAAGUACAACAAGUCCAUGUUGCUACCUACACGGACCAUAGUAUGCUGAGUGCCGAUGAGGAUUCUCCAUCAUCUCCUGAGGACACCUCUUAUGAUGACUCUGACAUACUGAACUCCACUGCUGCUGAUGAAAUAACAGCUCACCUGGCAGCCGCAGGUCCUGUUGGAAUGGCUGCUGCGGCAGCGGUGGCCACAGGGAAGAAACGCAAGAAACCCCACAUCUUUGAGUCUAACCCUUCCAUACGUAAGAGACAACAAACCCGGCUACUGAGGAAACUUAGGGCAACCCUGGAUGAGUACACCACUAGGGUCGGCCAGCAGGCGAUUGUCCUGUGCAUUUCUCCUUCUAAACCUAACCCUGUUUUUAAAGUGUUUGGAGCAGCACCUUUGGAGAAUGUGGUGCGCAAGUAUAAGAGUAUGAUCCUGGAGGACUUGGAAACUGCACUGGCAGAGCAUGCGCCUGUCCAACAAGACAUCAACUCUGAUCUGCCCCCUCUGACUAUAGAUGGCAUUCCAGUGUCUGUGGACAAGAUGACCCAGGCUCAGCUGCGUGCAUUCAUCCCAGAAAUGCUGAAAUAUUCCACAGGAAGAGGUAAACCAGGCUGGGGCAAAGAGAGCUGUAAACCUAUCUGGUGGCCUGAUGACAUACCAUGGGCAAAUGUGCGCAGUGAUGUCCGCACCGAAGAACAGAAACAGAGGGUUUCUUGGACCCAAGCGUUAAGGACUAUAGUGAAGAAUUGUUAUAAGCAGCAUGGUAGGGAAGAUCUGUUAUAUGCAUUUGAGGAUCAACAGACACAACAGGUGGCAACUGCACAUGGUAUUGCUCACCUUGUGCCCUCACAGACUGUGGUACAGACAAUCAGCAACCCCGAUGGCACGGUGUCCCUGAUUCAGGUCGGUACAGGGGCGACUGUUGCCACACUUGCAGAUGCAUCGGAGCUGCCAACUACUGUAACUGUCGCACAAGUCAAUUAUUCCACGGUUAGUGAUGGGGAGGUGGAGCAGAACUGGGCUACACUUCAAGGGGGAGAGAUGACCAUCCAAACUACUCAAGCUUCUGAAGCCACUCAAGCUGUAGCAUCCCUCGCUGAAGCCGCUGUUGCAGCAUCCCAUGAUAUGCCGCCAGGAGCCACAGUGACCAUGGCACUUAAUAGACUGUCCAAUUACAGUGAAGCAGCGGCUCAUGCAGUAGCGACAUUGGCAGAAGCCACACUACAGGGAGGAGGGCAGAUCGUUUUGUCAGGGGAGACUGCGGCAGCUGUUGGAGCAUUGACUGGAGUACAGGAUGCCAAUGGACUAGUACAGAUACCAGUCAGUAUGUACCAGACGGUGGUCACGAGCCUCACGCAGGGUAAUGGACCAGUGCAAGUUGCCAUGGCCCCAGUCACUGCAAGGAUAUCGGAUUCUACGGUCACGGUGGAUGGGCAGGCAGUAGAAGUAGUUACUUUAGAACAGUGACGUUCUCGCCAAAGAAGAUUUUUGAUGUAAUUUCCCGUCUCACUCUUGUUCCCAGUGUUAUGAACAGAGUGGUUUUAGAGACUUCUGCAGACCCUGCCAUUGCUUGGACCCCUGCCCCACUUUAUUUUUCUCAUCCAUGGAAAGUGCUUGACCAUGUAAUAGUCUGUUUUUUCCUCGUUUAAUUUAUUUCAAUAAAAGAAGCAUCAAGCGUAUGCGUAUUUAACACCUUCAGGUUACAUUGGGCAGGCGGUGCACUGUGGAGGAUCGCCUUGAUGACUGUUUACCUUGGUUCUUAACUGACUGUUUCCUACCAUUGGUAUGAUGGACUACUUUGGAAUCGAAGACUUUACUGGUUUUAUUGUGCCCCGUUGUUGGAUUAUUAAUGAUGAUUUCUAAAAAGAGGAAUCCCACUGUUCUCCGCUUGCUGCUGGUACUUGUAGUUAAAGAAUGUGGCGGCACUGGUUUACCUAAUCUUGGGAUAGAGAGUUCUGCAAAAAUUAUUCAUAAUGGUCCCUACAACAUUACAACCUUCACAAAUCCAGGACUUUCACAAAGCAUCUUAAUAAUAAUGUUUUGACUCUAUGGAAGGAGGUUCUGGAACUUGCCUAAGCGUUAUCCUUCAUUGGUGCUUGGAAUAAGCAGAUGCAUGUGUAUACUCUGGAGAAAAAAAAAAAAAAAAAAAAACUCUUUUGGGCUGGAAACAAUUAACCCCAAGCAUUCUCACCUUUGUGUUUUACUCCACUCACACUUUGUAAUGUGUCCCCAUGUAUGGUCUAGCAUUUUUUUGAUAGUCUGUUACUAUUAAUCCUGUGCCAUCGCUGCUGCCCAUUUGAUACUCAUGGUUCUUUUGUUUUACUUUUAGAUGUUUAUUUGCCAUACAUGAAAUGACAUAGGACAUUUAUAGUGUAUCUACAGGGUUUAACAGUUUAGUUAUUUUAAAAUGUAUCUUAUAAUGUACAAGUAGAAUAUUUUUCUAUAGCUGGAAGCUUAACCUGCCUUGAACAAGACUUUUACACACUGUGGGAGAUUUAUCAAGAUUGGUGUGUGGCACACCAGUCUUUAUACUCCGUGCUGCCGGAGGAUGCACUUAAUGUAUGACAAGGCGCAGGCUUAGUCAUAAAUUAGGCGCAUCCUACGUCACUCCGUGUGUCUAAACUGAAAUCGAUGGCAGCUAGUAGCUGCAAUAGAUUUCAGUCUGCAUUUACACCACAAAGGUGACAUAAAAGAAGAUAAAUGUGUUAUGCCCACUGGCCCUAUGCUCCUCCCACCCUCAUCACACCCCUGUAUGGGAAGGUGCUGAGGGUAGCGUAGAAACGCUAUAUGCAACUAAAAUUAGUCGCAGUGGUGUUUAAAAGUCCUGGACAUGAGGUUUGCUUUUUAUUUUUGUUUUUUUCCAUCAAAAACUGGCAUGGAGGAAUGAUUAAUUCCCCUCACCAUCUCCAGAAAGCAAAUACAUCUGUCAUAGGACUUCUGAUAAAUACCCUUCAAGGGAACCUGUCACAUUAGGACAUGCGGUAUAACGUGCCAGCUCCAUGUUCUAGGGCAGGGGAAACUGAACAGAUAUAUAGUUUUAUUGGAAAAGCUUCAGUGAUUAUGCACGCUUGUACAGGAAAGGUGAGUAACCAAGAAGUCCCAGUCUAUGCUUAGCACUCUUAAGCACAGAAAGAGCAGAGAUUUAAUUGAAAGGUAUAUUUCAAUCUGUUCAGCGUUUCCUGCUCUAUACCUUACUGCACAUAGAUUGCAGUGCAAUUCCAAUGUUUCCUUUUACGCCGAUUUAUAGGUUAGACAUUGGGGGCAUUUCAGCAGCCAGUGGCUAAUCAUGCGGCUGCCCGAAAACAAAGUAGCACAGUGUUAUCUUGGCAUCACUGCCACUUUGUUCUGUCGAUUGCCAUAGAUUUGUCUCUGGCCUAUCGGACAUUGGUGGUAUAUCGCAAGACAGUCCCAUUAAAUGUUCAAUGCAGUGAUGCUAAGUGAGCCAGCAGCUUACCCACUGGGAUAGAGAUCAGCAACCUCUGUACUCUGGAUGUGCUGAAUACUCUAUUCACUUCUGGUAGCUUUAAGAACAGCUGAGCAAGUGUGCAUGCUGGGAGCUGUAGUUUUACAGUUCUAGAGUGCUGAACUAGACGCAAGCACUUUAAAAGUAAUACUGCAGCUGCUUCUCACUCGGAGCGAUUUGGUAAUACCAGUGGAAGGGAAAAGUGGAGUGGUAGACUAUGGCAGACGAUCAAAUUCCACAGAACAGCUGAAGAUUUUGAUUUUUUUUUUGCCAAAUCUGUUAAAUUGAUGACUCAAGCUAUGUGCCCACGAUACAGCUGAAAACUGUGCUGGCAUGCAGUGUUACUACAAAUCGGCAUGGUUUUUUUAUCUCAGCCGCACUAUCCACACUGUGUUCAGCAUUAGUAGUCAUUCAGAAGGCCGUAAUGCGGGCGCAGGUUAGUGUCCAUAUUAGUCGUAACUCCUGGCCUGACUGGUGGUUUAGUGAGCUGAACUUGGUGUCCUAGAUCCCUAUGAUGCUGUUAGUUUGGGUCAUUAGACUUGGGCUGGAAUUUGCGGUUAAAAUGCUGCCACCUAUAUGAGGUCUUACCUGGAGUUACCACAUAAAAGGCACAAAAAACACUAGCCUGGGCCUAAGCAGAGUGCAGAGGCCUCAUGCACAUAACUGUAUCUGUUUAGCAUUCUGUAAAUUGCGUAUCCGAAAACAUAGAUACCCGCCAUGAUCAUCCAGCAUUUUCCCAUUCCGUAUGUCCCACCCUAUGUUAAAAAUACCUCUUGUCCACAAGACAGACAAGAAUAGGAUAUGUUUCAUUUUUUUUUUUUUUGCAGAACGGACACAUUAUGUGGACAGCAAAUUGCAUCCUGUCCUCAUUUUUUGUAAAUCGGAUGCAGACCAUAAAUACAGUCGCGUGCAUGGGGCUCAAUGCUGUGGUUCUAGGGUGGUAGUGGUAAUUGGGGAUGAGCGAAUUUCUUGUUAUGAAAUUUGUUUGCACUUUGUAUGCUGGAGUCCUCUCCUCCAUAACAGAAACGGGUUGGAUUCAUUAUGCAGCCCAUAGACUUCUAUUAUGUCGGAAUGAAUAACUGCCUCUAAAGGCAUUCCAUAAUAGAACAGAGUUAUGGUCCGUGGUAACGGAAUCCAUAACGCAAUUCUGCUUUUUACCACCAAACGAAUUUCAAAAUAUGAAAUUUGCUCAUCUCUUGUGGUAAUGAAUACACUUUAAUCCAUUAAUUUCAUAAUCUACUUGUCUUCAUUUCAAGUGAACGCUUUUCAUGACGGCUGGGUGAAUUUUCUUGUCAUUCUGUAUGUUAUCCUAUAACUAAAAAUAUCAUCAUGCCAAAGAUAUUUGCAGCAGUACUGUCGUUUUUCUUCUUGGCACUCUUUCAGCAACUGCUUUGCAGUUAAGGCUACUUUCACACUGGCGUUUCUGGGUCCGCCUGUGAGAUCCGUUUUAAGGCUCUCACAGUUUAGCUCCAUUGCAUUCUGAAUAGAUAAGGAUCCGUUCAGAAUGCCUCAGUUUGGCUCUGUUCAGCCUCCAUUCCGCUCUGGAGGCAGACACCAAAACACUCCUUGCAGCGUUUUGAUGUCCGCCUGACU